AUGUCGGUCGAUAUUAAUGAUCAAGACUCAAUGGAGAAGGGUGAAGCCACGAGCCAAGUCGAUGACUUUUGUUUGCCUGCUAGCCUUGACCCGGUAACCUUGCUGCCAAUCAAGCCUGAUGGUAUGACACAAGAGAAAUUUGAACGCACACUACCUGAUCAAAAGACGGAGCGAUACUUGACUUAUAUCCGAGGCUUAAAGAAAAGAAAGUCGCCGGCGGAAUUCACGUCGCAUAUCAUCGACUUACGCCCUGAUGGAUACCCUCGACUGGCAGAGGUGAUUGCCUGCAAAGAGGAAUUCAUGAUGUACCGAAGGUUCGGCCAUUUACAAGCACGACUUCUCCUCGACAAGCAAGACGAAUUGCGAGCUCUUGAAUUGCGACUAGCUCAUCUGGAUGAAAUGUUCGAAGCUAAGUAUCCUGAUCGGAAUUACUCUCGCGAGAGAGCCCACGCUGAGAGCGAGGAUUAUAAGAAUCUUCUUGCCAUGAUUCAGAGAAAUAUGAAGGAGUACGCUGAAUUGUUAACUUUCGCACAAACAUUCGCGAACUUCGAUCGACCAAUGACAAGCGAUUACCUUCGGGUCAAAAAUUACCUUGACUACAAAGUAUGUUUGUGUGCGCGAGAUCAAGAUUAUAUAGCCAAAAGAGACGACCUUAUCACCCUCAAACCUAGUCGAGAAAAUACUUGGUUAGAUACAAAGAUCGAAGGAAUACCACAGCUCCUACCUUGUAAAGCGACCAGAUAUAUAUUCUCUACCACGGAACUCCAACAAAAAACAGAUUCGAAAGAUUCAAAUAUCAUUCUCUCAAGUCCCGAGCGCGUCAACGUGGUGGUUACAUUGAUAAUACUGGCUGCCGUCUUGAUUCUGUUGAUCGUGCCAGUUUUUCUACUGUGGUUUAUAAGUAAUCUCAACACUUCAAGACCACUCAUCGGGGUCCUCAUAGCGUUGCUCCUGAUUUUCACUCUGAUAUUUUCGGGUAUAUUGUCGGCUUUCACUCGAGCGAAACGACAUGAGAUCAUUGCCGCUGCCGCUGCUUACUGUGCAGUUCUUGUUGUAUUCGUGGGAAAUGUUGGAAGCCUGUCUCCACCAGCGGGAGGAUAA